AUGGAGCUCAGUGGCAUAAUCGUAAAUAUUUUGAAGUGGGAUUUUUGGUUAAAAGACGGAAUUGCCCCCGUCUCUCACACACUCUCUCUCUUUCUCCCGCGCGUCUCUCUCUCUCCUCUGGUUUUCGCGACAGCCACUGUGGCCGGCCACGUUUUGGCCGGCCGUGCUCUCGUCCGGCCACCAAAGUUGACGGGGCCGGUACCAAAAUGA